AUGGAAGUCCUGCUUUCUGUAGCUACAGGUUCCAUUCCCCAAGAUGAGUCCAACUAUGACAAAGCGAAGGAAGUGAAGGCAUUUGAUGAAACAAGGGCCGGUGUUAAGGGGCUAGUAGACUCUGGUGUAACCAAAAUCCCCAGGUUUUUUAUCCACCCACCAGAGGAUGUGCAAAAGUCAUCAUCUGAGAGUAGCCAUCUGGGACUUCAGGUUCCAGUUAUAAACUUCGAAAGCUUCGAAAGUUGCCGACGACUGGAGGUAAUCAAUGAGAUUCGCAAAGCAUCAGAAACAUGGGGAUUCUUUCAAAUGGUUAAUCAUGGAAUUCCAGUUAGUGUCUUGGAUGAGAUGUUAGCUGGUGUGAGACGAUUCCACGAGCAACCCAGAGAUGCGAAGAUGGAGUUUUAUUCACGCAACCGUAACCAGCCAGUGAGGUUCUUCUGCAAUGGUGAUCUCCUUGUGAAUAAAGCACCAGCAAAUUGGAGGGAUUCAAUAGCGUUUGAUUUCCAAGAUGGUAAACUGGACCCUGAACUCUUUCCUGAAACAUUCAGGGAAGAAGUAAGUGAAUACAUCAGACACAUGAUCAAGACGAAGAAGACACUAUCUGAGCUCAUAUCAGAGGCACUCGAGCUUCGUAGUGACUACCUUUCAAGCAUAGAAUGCAUGGAAACUGAAUCGUUAGUGUGCCACUAUUACCCUGCUUGUCCUGAGCCAGACUUGACGUUGGGUGCCACCAAGCAUAGAGACCCAUCUUUAAUGACUAUACUUCUGCAAGACAACAUGGGUGGCCUCCAAGUUCGCAAUCAAACUCAAUGGGUUGAAGUCCCUCCUUUAGAGGGAGCUCUAGUGGUCAACAUAGGGGACUUCAUGCAGCUUAUCACGAAUAACAAGUUCAAGAGUGUGGAGCACAGAGUUCUUGUUGGGCAGGAGGGAUCGCGGACAUCAGUAGCAUGCUUUUUCUAUCCAUGCACAGCAAAUAAAUUUAAACCUUAUGGAGCAAUAAAGGAGCUUCUCUCUGACAAUCCGCCCAUAUACAGGGAAACUCAUAUUUCUGAAUUCCUGGCUUACUUCAGGUCCAAAGGAUUAGAUGGUACUUCAACCCUUUCUCAUUUUAAACUGGCAUGA